CGUGUUGGGUCCCGGUCGCUAUGCGCGUGCUUGUGGGUGGCGGGACUGGCUUCAUUGGGACAGCCCUAACACAGCUGCUGAAAUCCCGCGGCCACGAAGUGACGUUGAUCUCCCGAAAGCCUGGGCCGAAUCGUAUCACGUGGGAUGAGCUUGUUAAAUCGGGGCUGCCCAGCUGUGACGCUGCCAUCAACCUAGCUGGAGAGAACAUCCUCAACCCUCUCCGAAGGUGGAAUGAAGCCUUUCAAAAGGAGGUUCUCAGCAGUCGCCUGGAGACAACCCAAAUGCUGGCAAGCACCAUCUCCAAGGCUCCACAACCCCCCAGGACCUGGAUAUUAGUCACAGGUGUAGCUUACUACCAACCCAGCCUGACUGCAGAAUAUGAUGAGGACAGCCCCGGAGGGGAUUUUGACUUUUUUUCCAACCUUGUAACCAAAUGGGAAGCUGCCGCAAAACUUCCUGGAGAUUCUACACGGCAAGUGGUGGUGCGCUCGGGAGUUGUGCUGGGCCGUGAGGGUGGUGCCAUUGGCCAGAUGCUGCUGCCCUUCCGCUUGGGUCUGGGAGGCCCCAUCGGCUCAGGCCGCCAGUUCUUCCCCUGGAUUCACAUCAGUGACCUGGCGGGAAUUCUGGCCCAUGCCCUUGAAGCAAGACAUGUACAGGGGGUCCUGAAUGGAGUGGCUCCAGCCCCCACCACUAAUGCUGAGUUUGCACAGGCCCUGGGUGCUGCCCUGGGUCGCCCAGCAUUCAUCCCCCUUCCCAGCCCUGUGGUGCAAGCCGUCUUUGGGCGAGAGCGUGCUGUCAUGCUGCUGGAGGGUCAGAAAGUGGUCCCACGGCGGACAUUAGCCACUGGCUACCUGUACUCCUUCCCAAAGCUGGGGGCUGCCUUAAAGGAGGUUGUAGCCUAA